GGGAUGGGCUGUGCUUUGGGAAGAAAAAAACCCCAGCAAGAUCUGGGACUUCCACUGCUAAAGGCUUUAUCACAGCAGAUUGCUUUGAGCACAUCUUUAACCUGCCUUUGGACAACCAUACAAGAACAACUUGGCAUGACCUUUGCUCAAUUGUCUUUUAAGAACAAGAAGUGGAAAUUUUGGUGGUCCAGAGCCAACAAGAUUCCCUCGAGGCAAGUGUGAUAGCUGCAGAGAAAAGUGCAAGACAAGCAUAGUAAUGAAGAUGGUAGGCAGCAAAAAACACAGUACAGAAGAAGAAGCUCAGGAAACUCCAAGAUUUCAACAAAAGACACUGACGGCACCUGCUCCAUUCGCAGAUGAAACAAGCUGUCAGUGCCAAGCACCCCAUGAGAAGUUAACCAUUGCACAAGCCCGCCUGGGAACACCAGUUGACAGACCUGUCAGAGUGUAUGCAGAUGGAAUAUUUGACCUCUUUCACGCUGGCCAUGCUAGAGCUCUUAUGCAAGCCAAAACUCUAUUCCCAAAUAGCUACUUAUUAGUAGGAGUUUGCAGUGAUGAUUUAACUCAUAAAUUCAAAGGCUUCACUGUGAUGAAUGAAACUGAGCGAUAUGAAGCCCUCAGACACUGUCGUUAUGUGGAUGAGGUCAUCAGAGAUGCACCCUGGACACUGACACCUGAGUUCCUUGAAAAACAUAAGAUUGACUUUGUAGCACAUGAUGACAUCCCGUACUCUUCCGCUGGCUCGGAUGACGUAUACAAACACAUAAAGGAAGCAGGAAUGUUUGUACCUACUCAGAGAACCGAAGGUAUCUCCACGUCGGACAUCAUCACUCGGAUCGUCCGGGACUAUGAUGUGUACGCCCGGCGCAACCUCCAGCGAGGGUACACCGCCAAGGAGCUGAAUGUCAGUUUCAUAAAUGAGAAGAAAUACCGCUUUCAAAACCAAGUGGACAAAAUGAAAGAAAAAGUCAAGAAUGUGGAGGAAAAGUCAAAAGAAUUUGUUUACAAGGUGGAAGAGAAGAGCCAUGACCUCAUUCAGAAAUGGGAAGAGAAGUCCAGGGAAUUUAUUGGCAACUUUUUAGAGCUGUUUGGACCUGAUGGAGCUUGGAAGCAGAUGUUCCAGGAACGAAGCGGCCGAAUGCUCCAGGCUUUUUCUCCCCGGCAGAGCCCAAACAGCAGUCCUACACGAGGCCGCUCUCCGUCCCGUUCUCCAUCUCCACCCUGGGUCAUCAAUAAGACCUCCCCUCCCUCUUCUCCAAAAGCUGCCUCUGCCUCCCUCAGCAGCAUGAGCGAGGGAGACGAGGAUGAAAAAUAAAAUAUAUAUUUUUUUAACCGUGAGACAGAAGAACAAGCUAUGAACUCAACCACUGGAUGGGGAGAAGCGUGAGGAACACCAGGGGUAUCUCUGGCAGCAAGGAUCGUGCUCUGGGAGAUGUCAAAAAUGAACUGGAGCACAGCAAGGGAGAUCUCAGGAAGAGCUUAUCCCAUCCCCACUCCCUCAGUGCUGGAGGCCCAGCACAGCCCCAGGGACUGACAGAAAAACACACCAUGUGCAAGUUCCUGCCCCUGUCUUGCUGCUUUCCAGCUGCUGCUCCAGGCCAGGCCCGUGGGAGCUCUGCACUGAAAGGGGCUGGCAGGAGGAGCCCAGCUGGCUCCUGAUCCAGACCCAGCACACAGGGAAGUGCUGGCUGCAGCCUGCAGAGAGAAGAUGCAGUUGUACCCUGCUGACCUUGAGCUCUUCUGGCACAUGAAGGAAUGGCAUUGCUGCAGCAAGUAUAUUGAGAAACUGGGAAUAAAGUUGAGGUUUUUUUCCUUUUGAAUAAUAUCUGUCCCAGAGCCCAAAUCAUGCACUGAAAUGAAGAGCUCUCCAAGCAAGUUGGUGGAAAUCCAUUUAACAUUCAGUGCUGCUUGUUGACCAAGCCUCUGUGUGGGGUAUAUAUAAGGAGUCAGGCUUUUUGCUUUAUCAAAUCACUCUCCAUGUUCCUAGUGCCUGUACAGCUGCCUAAUCACUUCUGGUUUGCUCCCUGGCUUUGCACUUUGAAGGCAAGAAAGUAAAUGAAAAUACAGCCAUAGCUGGAAUGUGGUGGUGUAGGAAAUAAGAGAGUUUGAAGAUGCUGAUGUUUUUUACUGGUGAUUUAUAAAAAUAUCUCAAGGCCUUGGGAUGUGGCAUCUUAGGAAAACCUGCUGCUCCCAGCUAUAUAUCAGCAAAUGAUGAGCAAACUGCUCUUGUCAUAUGACACUCGGCCAGUACAAACUUUUCAUCAAACUGUAAACAAGAGGUGUUUACAGACACACUGCCCCUGCAGAGGAUCUCAAGGCUAUUUCUCUACACUAAUACGGAGGAAAAAAAGAAAAGGAAACUUUUUGAACAGGAUUAGGCACAACUGUUUUCUUUGUGUGUCCAUGACACGUGUAUGACACAUGACACAAGUGAAGCUCUCCCCUCAGUGCUGAUCUUCCUAGUUGGCAAAGCCAGCUCCGCUUGGCAUCUGUUUCCACGUUGUUCAGUCCCUCAGCUGACACCUGCUGAGGUGGCUGCAGGAGCUGGCAGGAUUCCUGAGCCCUGGGGCUGCUCCGCCCCACAGCUGCAGGAAACCCCAGCGUUGUGGUGGGGCUGUGCUGCUGAUGCCAUUUGGCUGCCAGGUUUGCCUGGCACAGCUGCCUCGCUGCACAGGCACGUUUGAGGCUCUGCAGCCCAGCAGAAGCUUUGGUGCCAGGCCAGCAGGUAAAGGCUGCCCACUGUCCCUGUCUCACAGGCAGCCACAGCAGCACUCUGUGCCACCACUGCCUGGAACUGCAAACCCACCAGGACAUGCUGGCUGCCGUGGGCAGCACCAGUCAACAUUUGCUGGUUUCCUGCAAAGGCAGCACAGGAAAUGCUGGGGGAGGGAGAACUCCACAUCUCUCUAGGAAAAAAAAAGAGGGACCAAGAUGCCCGAGUAUGUGAGGUGGUUGUGCUUGCUUGCAGCAGGACCCCCCGACUGCUGUCCUUACUUGCUGGGUGACCUGGUUGGUCAGUAGACACCUUGCCAGAUACUCUUCUGGGCAAGUAAAUGACAGACCUUAGUACCAGGCACCAAAUUAGCUCCACACUCUUCUCAGUCCCUACAGUUUUCAUCCCUCCUCCAGUAUGAGGUAACUGAUUUUUCUUUGGCAACACAUUGCCAGACACUUCUCACACCACCACAAGGCCAAGUACACAGCAUCUCAUGCACUUUGUCUUCUGGGGUCAAGCCAGUUCCUUCACAGAGCUGCAAACACAGGUGAGCAGGAAAUAGGGUGGAAUAUGUAAAGGGACAGUCACAGAUAUUUCAGCUGCCACCAGCUGUGUGCCUGAUGGGAUGAUGCAAUUAAGACCUUUCUCAGCCUUAGGCAACCUGUUACUGUAAUUUCAUACCUGGGAUGCACUUGUUAGUUUUUCUGGUCCUUUGCAAGUCUUAAGUCUUCUCAUCACACACCACCGUAGGAACUGCCUGCUUCUACUGGUGCUGUUGUAAGAGCCAUAUCCAAAUGCAGUGGAGGUGGGCAGGGAUUUGUUCUUGGCUUUUACUGUUGUUUUUUGUUCAUUUUACUUUCCUAGCACUUACUGUUCAACAACCCUUGCUCAGUGGUUUGAAUGGAGACAGCACCACAACUUGUACAUGGGAACUAGAGAAAAACUCACCAGUGACCUGUUAACAGAAGCUGUUUCUCAGGGUCACACACGUGGCAACCCAGCAACAAAGCCAUAUUCUGUACCAUAUUGUCCUGUUUGCAUUUGGGGUAUCACUAAGCUGAAGCCUUUGCCCUGCUGGUACAUUCAUGUGCUGUCUCCAGCAAACCAGAACCUCAUGGUGUCUGGACAUGUGGGAGGCAAUUUUGCACUUUUGGGUUUUCCUUUUCACAAGUAUUGCUUUAAUUCAGUCCUAUUUAUCAGCCAAGCUCCACAUGAACAAUAAAGUGUAUGAGAGACACAGGUGCCUCUCCCCUUCAUUUUACAGCAUCUUUGGACACAUGAACACAACCUGCAGAGGAAACCUCAGUGGUGGCACAGUGUCUGUCAUCCCCAUCCUUGGUAGCCCAGGGCUUUACACCCCUACAAAGCCACAAGAGCAGCUCUGCCAACAUGCCCAAAAGGCUGCUGCUUGAGUUCUGCUGCUCUGCACUAAGAGGAUCACCUCUCCUUGCCUUUACCUUACAGCCAGAACAGUGGGGGUGAAGGUGAGGAAGUGCUUGUCCCAGCUGGAAAGUUGCAGCAUGACAUCAGCAGUGUGAUACCUUCUUUUCCCUGUCCCAACACAGUGGAAUCAGGAGCCAAUAUUUUAAUUCUUACUUCAAAGUGCAAGAAAGAAAUGGUGCUUUUGCAGCCAUUCUGGUUCCACUGCUGAAAAACAUCCCCAGCAGCAACUGAGUUGCUCUUGUGGGUGCCAAGAUGAUAUUUGGCAGUGCCAGAUGGAAAACUGCAGCAGCAAACAUGAGCCACAGGGACAAAUCCUGACACUGGCUUUUGGACUUGACUCUUCCCUGAACCAAGUCAGUCUGGUGUACCAAUAUUCUUGCUUUGCUCUUUCCCAUUUGACCUUUCUGUAAGAAGUCAGUACCUGCAGCAGCUCUAAAGAUUAUUUCUUCAACAAUCCUGCCUCAGGCAGGGAGAAGCUGAAACAGCAAAUGGAGGCUCAAGACUUCCUAGCUGGGACAUUUUUAAUUAUGGAAUAAGCAAAUUUCCAAUAUGCAAAUAUUCAUUGAGCAUAGGAGAAAAACCAUUUAAUGGCACAGAGUCGGCACCAAAAUGUUCCCAGAUAAUACACGGUUACCUGUACGACCUGAGGUGGAUUUGGGUCUGUUUCAGCAGUGCCUUGGUACCUCUUGGGAGAUGUGUAAGGAACAUCCCUGGGAGUGAGCUGAUGAUGUGCAGCCCAGACCAGAGGAGACCCUUGUUUUGGUUCAGGGCAAACCCUUCAGGAACAAGGCAGUCCCUGAAUUAACACCAGGCCUGUUGGCUCAGCAGGAAGGAAGGGUUUGAUGCUACAGUAAAUUUGCAUGCAAAAGGGUACCAAACCAUCAUGGGAAGUCUCCUGUGUGAUACCACAUAACUCCCCGACCUUCUCAUCAAACAGAGCUGAAAGUGAGGCAGAAAAUGGAGCCAGGGCUUUGUCUCUUGCAUGGAGGCCCUUUCAAGAACCAAACCAUCUUAAGAACUCCUCUUCUGAUUGGAUUUUGACAAGAGCUCGCUGUCCUCUCAAAACACAAUGUGUGUUCCACAAGCACACACACACAGGUGUUUUCUGUCCUUUUCUUUCUAUAAGAAAGGCCCUUUCCUGGUGUACGGAAGGGCAGCAUCGACAUUUCUAAUCCAAAUGGAAAUCAAGGCCACUGCCUCCUGGCUUUUCCUGAGGGGAGGAGAGACAGAUACAGCCCAAUAUAAAAAUAACUGAAAGCCUUUGGACAUGCAUAAGUGGGGAAUGUGGGACUGAGACUCCAGCAAAAUGGAGGUGCUUCCCAGGACAAGCACCGGAUUUCCCAGCGGAAUGCAGCAGGCUCCCAUGUUACAACCAGUUCCUCAAAUAUGAGACCUGAACUCCCCUGCCCCAGCAGUUACUCAUGGCCAGUUCCAACAGUUCUUUCACAUCUGCUAUCUCCAUCUUCUUUUGGAUACUCUUCAACAGCAUCAAUCCCUGCUUCAACAAGGAAUGAGGAACUGCAAGUUCUGAGCCAGGUGAGGCAGUUCUGCCUUUCACACAAAUACAAUUUAAUUUUUAAAAUGUUUAACAGAAUUAGUCAAGACAAAAAUGUUCCAUUAUCUCAAUUAUUCCUGUGCCUAAGCACAUGACAGCAGGAACACUCAAAGGGAAAAUCCUCCCUGGUGGCACCAACCAGGCUGCAUGUGCACAUCAAGUCUCACACAUACUUCAAAUUCUAGAAACAGCUUUGAUAGAAUAAGUUAUGUCCUCUUCAACACAUUUUGUGGUAUUUUUUUUUUACCAUAUUAUUGUGAUUCUCUAAUUAUAUUUCUCUACAAGCACUGGUUUUCCAUAAAAUGAAGUGACUGUGAACUGCAAAGGCAUCAUCUGUGCAGUAAGAGCAGAUUAAUUAUAGCCUGCUCUUUACAAGUGACCAGUUCUGAUUACCAACAGGGGAUGCUAUUUUAAUGUUCUACACACCAUACUGGGCUCCAGCUCUUUUAUUUCAAAACUAACACAUUAACCAGUAGGGAUCCAGUUACUUUGCUACUUGGCCAUAUUUAAGAUAGUUUAUAUCAUCAUCAGUUUUAAAGUUAAUGAGCUUCAUUUUUAGCAGUGUCCUGAGCUUGCACUUCUGUAGCAUGUCAUUAAAAGCCAAAUGCCAAAACAAAAUGGGAAACUGUACCUUGGGGGAAAUUUUCAUUUGUUCCCCCUUGGUUAUCUAAAAGGCCUCUCCCAAAUGAGUGCCUUUAUUCCAGAAAAGGAACAACCUAACAUUUUAAAUAUUCAUACUGUUCAUAUGCAAACAAAACUGCAUAAAACCAUAUCCUGUAUAAGAAUUAACGAAAUGCCUCUAGAAUAGCUGGUUCCAAAUUAAAUAUAAUUCAAACAGCA